GUGUUUCUGUCAUAAGAUAUGACUUAUUGCAGUUAAGAGUUCAUGAACUCUCAAGGCAAAUAUUUAAGUACCGAAUAAUUACAAUUACUAUAUUGUUUCACAAAUGUGAAACCUUUUUCGAAGUUCUAUUGUUUUCUCAAUAAUUCCUAUUGACAAUUAAAUACUAGGCAACAAUGUUUUUUUUUUUGUAGUAUUUGGUAGAAAAUCGAUUUAAUAACUUACUUUUUAUUAUUUGCUAUAGUUAUUAAUUAUUUAUUUGUUUCUUUUUCUCGCCACCUUUCCAGACGAUUAUUCAUUUUGACACAACCCUUCAUACGUAUGCACUGAAAAGUCAACAACUGCUAUUUUAAUUUAUGAUUGUGUUCAAGUCGUAUAUCAAUCCAAUAUUUAUAAUAAUAAAUAAACACAAUAUGUUAGUGCAUAUGCAUAGUAAAAUUAUUCAACGGAAAUUUGUUACCGUUAUCAUUAUUGCUUUUACAAUAAACGAGUAUCGGAAAAUACACAAUCGCGUGCACUUGUCUUCGUUAGUACAACUGAAGGUCAUUUUAAUGAGACUACUAAACCAUAAUUAAUUUUACAGUAACGUGUAUAACUUAAAAGUGAAAAAAUUAUAUUAUUUUGAUCGCGUAAAGGUAAUAAGCAAAGUAUUACGUUGUUGAUCUUAAAACACGAUAGACUGCUAUGAUUUGUUACAUGAAAUUCAAUCCUAAGAAAUGAUUUAAAUAUCAUUGAAUACCAUUCACUUCAUCAUUGUUUAAUAUGAAUAAAACAAAUCAAUAUACUAAGUUUAUAGUAGUUGUAAUUUUUGAGGCUUUAAAAUGAUUCCACAUCGAGGAAGAAAUGUUCAUCAACAUUCUUACCCAUUGGAAAACGUAUUUAUACUAAAUAACGUUGAUAUCAACAUGUAUACUAUUCAGAGGAGAACAGACCGGGUCAUGUACGCAAGGAAUCAACAGUACAAAUAUAGUAGAGAAGUUGUGACAGGUGGACAACCAAUCACUGUCGAACAAGCGAAGGCUUUACGAUUAACAGUAUUUGGAGCUUGUGACACACCUCCAAGGGGUGAGUGGUUUCGUACUGGUUUUGUGUUUCGUGAACCCGAAAAAGAAUUAUCCUAUGGAUUACGAGCUCGUAGAAAUGGAACCAGAGGAUUACUCUCUGCUGUUCAGGGUUAUCUACUUAAACAUAUGUUAUUUUCUGGUUGUGGAGACUCAAAUUUAAAACCUUCACGACAACAGCAACUAGAUGCUCUUUGUAGAUCAUUAGCUGAUAUACUAUGGAAAAUCGGCGAUAACAAACAAGCAGUCAUAUGUUUACCUCAGGAAAAAUGUUAUGUAUCCCAUUCGCUAAACUACUUCCAAGAUAAUGUAACUGAAAAGCUGCAUUUAUUUGAGCUGACUAACAUCGAUGACUUAGAAAUUUUCAUCAAGAGGUACUUGCAUUUGUUUCAAGACGAUCCAGGCCCAGGAUCUUUAUUACUUCUAUAUAGCGCUGCGUUGACAAGAGGAUUGUCUAAAAUUAUGUCUGAUUUGAUGGACGAAAAAACCUAUUUAAUAUCAAAUGCCGAAGAAGGUUCCAUCUGUAUCGUAACUUUGCUCCUGACUGGUAGAGCUACUCCGAAUUUACACAACGGCAUAAUAAAUAUCGGAGAUGAAAAUCACUAUGCUAUACCGCAUUAUGGCGUAUUAGCCAGGAGUGAAGUUGGCUUAUUAGUUCACUUUGAAGAAACAGGCACACCAUUACAGAUUACCCAAAUGCCAGGUUCAAGAUUAAAAACUCCAUCAUAUCCUAUAUGGGUUACGUGUACCAAAGGUCAUUAUGGUAUUUUAUUCAACACCAAUAGGGAAUUAUUGAGAAAUCAUUUAGCUGAGAGAAGAUUUCCCUUGACGUACUAUACGUGUAGUGGAAUUGAAAAUUAUGCUACUGUAGAUACAAGAUCACAUCAAAAUACUGGUGACAGUAGAAUGUCUUAUAUGAAAUCUUCGGACGACGUAAACAGUACCAGUUCACAACAUCUACAAAUCGAAUGUCUUAUACACACAAAGUGGGAAGGAGCUUCAGUCCAAUGGACGGGUGCAACUAAUACAGUGAAUUGAUUUAAACUACUGUUUAUGAAUAAAAUUUUAAUAUUAGUACUUUUGGUCACGAUUUUAUUAGCAGAAACAUUUCAUAAAUUGUAAUGAAAUUAUCAACGAAUAAUAUACAGAAUGUUAUUUUAA